AUGUUUAAACCUAAAAAUUAGAAAGAUCAAUAAUAACAGCCAUUUUAUUUGAGUUGGUUUACAAAUUAAGGGUACUUUAAAUUGAUUGGUAAUUCAACUUAGUGAAAACCUGAAACGAGGAGGUACAGCACCGCACCAAUCUAGAAAGGAUAAAAUGCCUAUUAAGAGUCCAUAUUAACAACCUUUGAUUGCAGUUACACAUAAUGUUCCAAAUCCAUAUUUAAAAACUAUGUGAGUAGUAUUUUCAAUAACAUAGAUCAUAGCCAAAAAGUUAUUAAAAUAAUAUCUAGCAGAUUUCUAAAAUAUAUGCAGGUCAAUUUUAAGGUACAGUAAAAAGAAGAAGUCUUGAAAAACGAUAUGAUGAUGGUCCAAAAAGUGGUAGAGGAUCAUUUAAGCCAUCAAGAACAUUUACUUAACAAAUUUCUAGACCCUUUCGUUUCUCAGAGUAAUAAUAGAGUAGACCAUAAACUCAAUAAAUGAAUACUUUAGAACCCAAAUUAAAUUGUGAAAACUUAGUAAUGGACAUUAAUGAUGAUGAAUAGCUGACUCCUAGAGAAUAGGAGGAUAUUGAAAUAGUUGAUAUUGAAAAUAAUGAUGAUUAUUCAAAUUAAUCAGAUGAAGCAGAUAGUGAUGAGCAUUAAAACUUAUAAUUACCUACUUAACAAUAAGAAGAAUAAGAAAUUCAAAAAAAUGCAUCUUUUGUACAUAAAUAAACUGAAGAACCAAUUGCAAGUAUGAGAAAAGCAACCGCUAGUCUUAAUAGGCCUUAAACAUCUGAAGGUGCAAGAAGAAAAAGAUUCAUGAAUUCAGAUAAAAAUGAAUCAAAACAUGCUUUUGAAACAAAGCAAUCAGAUUUUGGACUCUUAGAUUAUGAACCUAAUGUUAUUUAAGAAGAUGAUUCAGAGAAUUAAGAAAUUAUGCCAAUAUACUUGAAUUAACUGAAUUCACCUAAAGUAUUAAAUUUUAUCCAUAAUAUUAUUAAGGAAUUGCUCUCUAUACGUUCAGGAUAAAGAAGAAAGUAAACUGAAUAGGCUUAGAUGGAAAAUUUAGAUAAAAAUGAAAGACCUCCUUCUAGACAUAAAACACCUCCUAAAGCAACAGGACUAGAAUUACCUAUUUAAUCAGGCAAUUAGAAUACUAAUAGGGAUGGAAUAGAAAUACCAAUUAAAAAUAUGUAUGCUUAAAUAGAUGAAUAAAGUAAAUAUUUUAUUAUUAUUUCAAGGCAAUAAAAAUAAUAAUAUGGGAAAUAUUAAAAAUAAUGAUGAAUUUGAUGAUUUUGAUUUGGGAUUCUUCAAAAUGAAUAACAAAGUUAAUUUAAAUAAAUUUCAACAAAGGGAUGGAUAUCAAACUGAUGAAGGAAGUAUUUUAUUCUUAAUUAUUAAGAAAAAUAAUCUUCUGGAUAAAAACAUCCUUAAUCUGCUAAUUUAAAAUAUAAUGGACUAGGAUUCUAAAAUGUUUCAUAUUCUCCUAUCAAUAAUUAAAUCACUUCUGCUCAUGGUUUCAGAGCCAAUGAAGAAUAAAUAGUUAUCAAAUAUAAUGCUAGCUCAGCUUUAAAUAAGAACUAUAGUAAUUAACCAGUUAAAGUGCCAUUCCAAACUUCAUUGGAUUAAGACUUUCUAAGAUUAUUUGCUAAUGAUUGA